UUCCCGUAGCUCUGUGACGUCACGGGUCAGAGUUGAAAUCGUGCCAAAACAGGAACAACAUGGAGUCGAUAGCUCGAAGAACUACCUCGAAAGCGAAUAAAAAAGAUGGAAAGCACGCCAAGAUGUUGAUUGCGGAAGCAGAAGCGAGAAGGCGAGAGGCGAUCCGGGAGACUCUGAGGGAGAGACUGGAAUUGGAGAAAAGAGCUUUGCAAGUGGUGGAGCGUCUCCUAGAGGACAGCGUGUCUGAUGACUUCUUGCUCGACUGCGCCAAGUUUAUCACCAGUGCUAAUUACAAAGAUGCUGUGGAGGAAAGAUUCAUCACCAAAUUGUGUGGUUAUCCUUUAUGUUCAAAUAAACUGAACAAGAUUCCAAAGCAACAGUUCAAAAUUUCAACUCAGACCAAUAAGGUGUAUGACAUCACAGAGCGCAAGUGUUUUUGCAGUAACUUUUGCUACCGAGCAUCCAAAGAAUUUGAGCUACAGAUAUCAAAGACACCACUUUGGCUCAGGCAGGAUGAGGGACUGGCAGAAAUCAAGCUGACGAAAGGGGACACCGGGAGUUCUGGUGAAGAGGUGUGUCUGACAGCAAAGUGCCUCCUGGAGGAGGACAUUGAACAACCGCUGAGUAGUCCAUCUGAGGACCAUCAGGAGAGUGGCUUCACUACCGGCCACAGCGACAGCAGCGACGACGAACGGGAGCAAGACUUUGUUUCCAGCGUGGUCUCCCGGGAACAAAGACCCAGGGUGCACUGGGGUGACCGGCCCAAACGUAAAAAUGAAGGCGAGGGAGUUGGACGAGUGGAGGCCGAGCGUAGAAAGGUAGCUAGCGGACGAUGUCCACGAAGGCAGAAAGCAGACGUUGCACCUAAGAACAACCAUAGGGAAGCCAAUGUGGAAGAGGUGACAGAUCAACUGAAUUCAUGCAGCCUCCACACCACGUCGACACCUCCAGCCUCUCCUAUCGCUGAAUCAACUCGCCCAAGCGACACAGAUUCACAAAACAGCCGAGAUCUAACUGAGUUAAAUGCCGGCGGCCGGCCGAGCCUCAACAUCGUCCAGGUGGGGAUGAGCAAGCGAGGGGCGACAGGGUUACGGAGUCUUCUCAAGAACCACACCCUCGAAGCAAAACACAGCCCGAUUGGACAGAAUCUCCUGGAAUCCUUAAGAGCGACACUGAACGACUGGCUCACAGCUGAGAGCCUUCAAUUCCUGCAUGGAGCUGAUUGUGCGCUCGACUCUCCUUCUACGUACGGGAAAGAAGAAGAAGAGGAGGAGGAACUGGAUGAAGAUGACAUUGAGGAUGACAUCACUGAGGGAAACGAAAGAAUGGAGCGGGGGCGAGCCACGGCGCCGGUUCCUGACUUUGAGGCUCUCAAAAGGGAAACCCAGCAGAUGGUGCUCAAAGUCAGAGAGUUUUACAAAGGCACCUGGAUUGUACCUGAGGAGGCAGAGAGGACGAUUGGAAACGAGGACCAGAGCACAGGUGACUCUCCAGCUCUGCCACUGGUCGACUCCAAGGCACAGCACCUCAUCCAGAAGCGAAUCACAGUGGAGAAACUGGCCAGCUGUCUCAGAAGCAUUGUGGGCCCGCUGAGUCUCACCCUGAGUGACAUCACCAGUGACCUCAACAACCUGGUCAGGACGUUCAGGUUUACCAACACCAACAUUAUCCACAAACCUCCAGAGUGGACCCUCAUUGCUGUCGUGCUUCUUCAUCUGUUGUCAUGUGUGUCUCCGGUGGUUGCCGAAGCCUUGAAGACGCCGUCGUCAGUCUCGUAUGUAAACACCCUGACGGAGGAAUUGGGCCUCCAGCAGCGAGACCUCUUGAACCUACUCCAGGCAUUUACACCCCCGCCGCGCUGACGUACAAUACAAAACAAUUCAGGGAACGAGUAAAACGGGUUCUGUCGUUGAACCAAAUAAAAAUAUUUUCCAUUGUUUAUUCCAAAA